CCGCUCGCCCCGUUCCGGCCCCGUUCGCCCCGGCCCGGCCGCGCCAUGAGCCGCCUCGGGCCGCCGCCGCCGCCGCUGCCGCUGCUGCUGCUCGGGGCGCUGGCGGCUCUCAGCCCAAGCCCGGCCGCGGGGCAGGAGCCGGCCCCGAGCCCCCAGCCCAGCCCCCGGCUCAACGCCACCAGGCCGGUGUUCCCGGUAUUCCCGUGCGGGGGGGACCACCGCGGGGAGUCGGGGUUCAUCGCCAGCGAGGGCUUCCCCCGGCAUUACCCCCCCGGCAGCAACUGCACCUGGACCAUCACGGUCCCCGAGGGCCAGGUGGCCACCCUGUCCUUCCGCGUCUUCGACCUGGAGCCGGACCCGCUGUGCCGCUUCGACGCCCUCUCGGUGUUCGGGGGCCACGGCCCCGGGGCGCCGCUCCUGGGGCGCUUCUGCGGCACCUUCCGCCCGGGGGCCCUGCGGGCGCCCCAAAAUCGCCUCCGGCUGCACAUGGAGAGCGACGGCGGCACGGCCGGGAGGGGCUUCCUGGCCUGGUUCAGCGCCGGCAGCCCCCCGAGCAACGGGCCCCCCCAGGGACGGCGGCGUUCGGGGGUCUUUAAUAAACCCCAUUUUUUCGGGGAGUCCUGGCACUAUUUUGACGAGCAUCAGUUUUGCGGCGGGCGCCUGGAGAAGCCCCAGGGGAGCCUGAGCACCCCGAACUGGCCGGAGGAGAAUUACCCCCCCGGCAUCAGCUGCUCCUGGCACAUCGUGGCCCCCCCCGACAAGGUGGUGGAGCUGCGCUUCGGGAAGUUCGACGUGGAGCCCGACCCCCACUGUCGCUACGAUUACGUGGCCGUGUUCGAGGGGGGGGCGCGGGACGACGCGCGGCGCCUCGGGCGCUUCUGCGGCGAGGAGACCCCCGGCCCCAUCGUGUCCAGCUCCCCGGAGCUGCUGGUGCAGUUCGUGUCGGACCUGAGCGUCACCGCCGACGGCUUUUCGGCCACCUACACCCUGCGGGAGCGGGGCAGCGCCCCCGAGACCCCCGCCCAAAAGCCCCGGGGUGGGGGCAAGGGGAAGGCGCCCCCCAGCCCCCGGGCGGCGCCCCCCACGGCCGCCCCCUGCCCCCAGCGCUGCCGCCGCGCCGGGACCCUCCAGAGCAACUUCUGCAGCAGCGACUUCGUGCUGACGGGGACGGUGAAGUCGGUGUCGCGGGGGCCGCCGCAGGAGCCGGGCUGGGCGGUGGUCUCGGUGCUCGCCCUCUACAAGUCGGGGGCCCUGGGGGUCCCUGAGCCCGCCAAGGGCGCGGCGCUGCGCCUGCAGCUGCCCUGCCGCCCCUGCCCCGCGCUCAAGAAAGGUGCGUCUAUCCUGAUGGGGCGGCUGGCGGCGGACGGGGGGGCCCUGCUGCCCCCCGAGGCCUUCGUGGUGCCCUACCGCCCGCAGCAGCAGCAGGUUUUGGGGAACCUCAGCAAGAGGCCGUGCCGGGCGACCCCCUGAGACCCCCGCCCCGCCGGGGGGACGCCCCCCGCGCAUUCGCAAAUAAAGGGUGCAGAGAUGGA